AUGUCCUCCAUCGCCGCCAUGGCCUCCCGCCGGGCCUUCGCCCGCCAGUCUCUGUUCCGCGCCCCCCCGCGCCGCUUCUACAGCUCCAAGCUCGAGGAGGCGAACCUCGACAAGGCGCCCAAGCGUGACCCCGAGCUCUACGUCCUCCUCGGUGUCAUGUCCGGUGCUUUCCUGCUCGCUGGAUGGUACUUCGGCAGCAAGCCCACCUCCGUCACCUCCGAGAGCAACGUCCGCAUCCCCGACAGCGCCAUGCCCUGGGAGCGGGAUGACGAUGGCAAGAACUACAAGUACCAGUACCACCCCCACGGUGACAAGAGCCAGCCUCUUCGCAACGCCCCCAGCGCGCUGAACACCGUCAUCGUUCCCAACGUGACUCUGCCCGCUGACCUCCACGAGCGCUUCAACAAGUACGGCAAGGAGGAGUACGACUACUAG